AAGAAGAAGCGACCGUUCGAGCUUUUUCUUAAUACUUCUAUGGUUGAAGCUAGGUUAGCUACGUUUAUCUUCCUUAUUUCUGAUACUAUUGGUAAUAUUAUUGUGCCAUCAUUACAUCUGGAGACAUGGACACAGCACUGAUUAAGCUGAGGCUGUUUGUUCAUCAGCGGCUGUACAGAGCCGCAGAGGAUAUCCUCGGAGAAGUGGAGAAAACCAUAAAGUUAGCUUUGUUAGCGGACGGUGGUUCCGACCUGUGUGAAGAGGAGGCUGAAAGUUCGCCACCACCGCUGGAUCUGCGGAAGAAACCAGCUGCAGAGCGUUCACUGACCAGCAGCACAGUGGAAAGUGAAGAAGACGAGUGUGAUGCCUCACUGCUGCAGGAGAACCCAGGACCCUCAACACCAGAAGAGUCACAUUUUAAUGCUGCGAUCCCAGGACCCUCUCAAACAAGUGCAGAUCUGGACAAUAAUGACUGGAACUACUGCUCGGUUCAGUCAGACUUUGAGCUGCCAGAGAUAAAAGAAGAGCAGGAGGAACUUUGGGAUGACGGUCAAACACAGGACAAUUAUUUCCCUUCUUCUGUAAUUGUGAAAAGUGAGCAAGAUCUGCAAGAGGGAGAAAUAUCAUAUGAACUGGAGCCAGUUUCUUCAGGCUGCUCGGCGGCUGAGAGUGAGAACAGUGACAGGGAUGAGGAGUCAGUGAACAACAAAGGAGAACAGACCAACACAAAUAAAAGCAAAGGACAAAGUGAAAUGCCUAGUGAGAAGAACAAAGCUAAAAGUGAAAAGGGUCGCAGCUUUUGUCAUUUUUGUGGCAAGGGAUUCCAGUAUAUUGGCUCUUUGAUGAAGCACAUAAAAACACAUGAGAACAAUUUUGACUGCACUGCUUGUGGGAUGACAUUGCAGUCUACACAGGACCUGAUCAUUCAUGUUAAAGAUUGUCACAACGAAACAUGUUUUUGUGAGGUUUGUGGCAAGAUUUUUGCCAAUAUGCGUUGUCUCCGGCUGCAUGAAAGAAUACACGGAAGCAUAAGCAUAAAAGAGUAUGUCUGUCAAGAAUGUGGCAAGACUUUUUAUCGAAGAGAGCAUCUGAUUGUGCAUGUGAGGACCCAUUCUGGGGAGAAACCCUAUCACUGUGAUGUUUGUGGAAAAGCAUUCAGUCAGAGCCAGAACCUUACAAUUCAUAAAAGAAGUCACUCUGGAGAAAAACCGUAUCAAUGUGGCCUGUGUGGCAAACUUUUUAAUACUAGCAGUCAUCUUAAAACACACAUGAGAUACCAUUCAGGAGAAAAACCUUAUGAAUGUGAUAUUUGUGGUAAACGUUUUGGCCAAAGCGGACAGAUGACCAGACAUAGAACCACACAUACAGGAGAGAGGCCGUAUGGCUGCCAUAUUUGUGGUAUGAGGUACAGGUUUGCCCCCAAUCUGAAAGUGCACAUCGAAACUCACGAAAAACCUGCCGCUGAGUAAAAUCAAUCAGGCUUCUGAUAUAUCUGAUUGCAAUUUCAAAUCAUAUUUCAGUAAGUUAGAUUCAUUUUGAAGAAUAACUCCUUGAACUCUAAUGCAUUUAGAUCGAAUGUAAAUAUGUUCAUAAUUAUCUUUUAGGUUUCUAUGUAUAUAAUUAGGACGGCUGAAGCUUUGCACUUUUAAGCUGGUGCAAUUUUUGCCAAGACUGUUUCAUGUGUUUAUUUUUGCAUAUUGUUCUGUGUAAUGUCUUUCUAUACUGAAAUCAUAUUCCAACAUAAGGAACAAUAAAGUGUAGUAUCCUGUCAUUUA